UUAAAACGGAAAGUUUGAGAGAGAAGAGCGAAAGAAAGAAAGAAAAAAAAAAGAUCAGAAGAAGAACAAUAUCGUUGCUGCGAUGGAUGGUGAUCAUAACGUUCCGCCGACGAUGGAGGAGAAUCACCAGAAAAUGAUCAUCUCCUUUAUUACUAAGAUCACAUCUUCUUCGAGACAACUCGCUAGACUCUUUCUUGAAGCUCAUCAAUGGGAUAUCGACGCUGCAGUCUCAUCCUUCAACGAAGUCGUUUCCGUCGCAGCCGCCUCCGCCAGGAGAAAUGUUACAAACCCUAGAGACUCAUCACGAACACAGUCUUCGAAUCUUGGAGUAGUAGAUAUCCCUGUUUCAUCUUCUUCUCCGCCGCCCAUACGGUUGCGAUCACCACGGUCUCCUUCUCGUGCACGUAAUCCCUUUAAUAGAGAAGCGAUUCAACGAGCUGAUGACGACUUCGAUGAACGAGAGCACGAGGCUGCUAAGGAAUCAGAUGAUGAUCUAGAAAGAGCUCCUCUACUACCAUCAUCAAUAGGACAAAAGGUCAGAAGCGUAAGCGAUAUUCUUUCAGUAAUUCCUCAAGUGAUCCCGCGCAUUGUCACUAUAUGGAGGAAUGGUUUCACUCUCGAGGAUGAUAAUACAUUAUCGACAUUGGAUGAUCCGGGAAAUGCAAUCUUUCUUGAGGUCAUAGAAAGCUUGAAGUCGCCACGUGUACUCGAUUCUCCAGAUGGCAAAAGGCGUUUCCUAGUCAAAGUCAUUAGGCAUCAACAAGAAGACUUCCCUCAGGAUUCACCAAAACCGUUCCAAGGUGUGGGAAGAACUCUAGCCGAGCCAGACUCUGUCGCUACUGACCCACCAGCUUCGUCCGACUCAUUGACCACCGAACCAACACCAUCAACGGAUCCCACAGCGCCAACAACCUCGAUCCAGAUCGUACUAGCAGAUGGCACACGCAUUAACUCCCGGUUCAAUACUCACCAUACCAUCAGAGACGUUCGAGGCCUCAUUGACGCGGCUACACCAGAUGCUGCCUCCAGAGACUACCAUUUACUCAUCAUGGGCACGUUUCCUCCUAAACCACUGACGACCGACUUAGACCAAACCAUCGAGCAAGCUGGCAUCUCCAACUCUGUUCUCACCCUGAAGUUCUAGACCUUCCUCUUAAGCACAUAAACGAUCACAUUACACACAUGUAGAUACACGCUUUUUGUUGUUUUGACUUUCUUCUCUCUAGGCUAAAAGUUUUUCAGGUGGUUAACCCUCUUCUUUUACUUCAGAUAUAAAUAAAAGAGGGUUGACUUUUCUUUAUUA